AAACUGAAAAGGCAAUCUACCAAGUAUAAGAUGGAUAAAACAUACCCUACAACUGUGGCUGAGAGGCCAGAAAACAUCAAGAAAAACAGAUACAAGGAUAUCUUGCCCUUUGAUCAUAGUAGGGUAAAGCUAUCCCUGAUAACGUCUGAUGAGGAUUCCCAUUACAUCAAUGCCAACUUCAUCAAGGGUGUAUAUGGUCCCAAGGCAUACAUCGCCACUCAGGGGCCUCUGGCUACCACUCUUCUGGACUUCUGGAGAAUGAUAUGGGAAUACAGUGUUCUGAUCAUUGUUAUGGCAUGCAUGGAGUUUGAAAUGGGAAAG